AGCCAAGCAGUCAAGAAAAUGGCCGCAACCAUAGAGCUCUUCUCACGGAUCUGCUCUAUUUCCCCCUAAUAACUGUUCAUUUCAGAGAAUAUAAGACUGAAAUAUCAAGGAAAAUGAGUUACAGCCAUCCUCUUCCUAAUGUGGAGGAAAUGGCUUUCCUCAAGGUGGACAACCUGGCAAACUUCACUUCAUCCAGCACGCUGAAGCGUGUGUUUGAGGAUUACGGGCCCGUUGGUGAUGUGUACAUCUCCGAAAAUCACUUAACCGAAGAGCCUUACCGAGUGGCCUUCAUCCAUUUCUACAACAAACGUGAUGCUGAGACCGCAAUGGUUGCCUUAAAUGGAACUUUUCUGGAUGGUUAUAAAUUACGAGUGCAGAUGGUGCACAAUGAUAUUCCACAGCAUGCUCAACCUAGCUGUGGCCAGGGAGGGCAAUACCAUUUUGAAGAAGACAACCAUGAAUACCAGAGUAACGACAAAAGACACUGUUGUUCCUCUACCAGUCACCGAUCCAGAUCUCAGAGCAGAUCUUCUCCAGAUCAUUCAGAAUCUCUGCCUCAAUCUCUUCGCUCACACAGAAGAUUAUCAUCAUCAACAAAAAGAUCCAAGUCCAAGUCAUCGAUGUCCGAUCAUCAGCUGCGGGAGAAGUCCUGUCCAAGGUCUAGACACCGUCCACGAGAAAAAAAGAAAUCCAAAUCUAGAUCUUCACGCACACAUGCCUUCGAGUGUCCCGAAGGAGGAGGAGGAGGUAAGCCCAAAUAAG